GAGGGGGCAGGGCCUCGGGCGCGGCCUCCCGCGCCAGGCCGCUGCCGCCGCGUUGGUUUUUCGGUUGUCGGGCGCUUGGCGGAGCGGUCUGCGGUCGGGCCGAGAGUUGGGAGCAAUGGCGACCUUUGUGAGCGAGCUGGAGGCGGCCAAGAAGAACCUGAGCGAGGCUCUGGGGGACAACGUGAAACAAUACUGGGCCAACUUAAAGCUGUGGUUCAAGCAGAAGAUCAGCAAAGAAGAGUUUGACCUUGAGGCUCACAGGCUCCUCACGCAGGACAAUGUCCAUUCUCACAACGAGUUCCUCCUGGCGAUCCUCACUCGGUGUCAGAUCCUGGUGUCCACUCCAGAGGGGGCCGGCUCUCUGCCCUGGCCGGGCACCCCCACAGCCAAGCCCGGGAAGCCGAAGGGGAGGAAGAAGCUGUCGUCUGUUCGCCAGAAAUUUGAUCACAGGUUCCAGCCUCAGAACCCCCUGUCGGGGGCCCAGCAGUUUGUGGCGAAGGACCCCCAAGAUGACGACGACCUGAAGCUCUGCUCCCACACCAUGAUGCUGCCCACGCGGGGCCAGCUGGAGGGCCGGAUGAUCGUCACGGCCUACGAGCACGGCCUGGACAACGUCACCGAGGAGGCCGUGUCGGCCGUGGUCUACGCCGUGGAGAACCACCUAAAAGACAUACUGGCCUCCGUUGUGUCGAGGAGGAAGGCCUACCGGCUGCGGGACGGCCACUUCAAGUACGCCUUCGGCAGCAACGUGAGCCCGCAGCCCUACCUGAAGAACAGCGUCGUGGUGUACAACAGCCUGAUAGAAAGCCCCCCAGCCUUCUCCGCUCCUUGUGCCGGCCAGAACCCAGCCUCCCACCCGCACCCCGACGACGCGGAGCAGCAGGCCGCGCUGCUGCUGGCCUGCUCGGGGGACACCCUCCCCGCGUCCCUGCCUCCGGUGAACAUGUACGACCUUUUCGAAGCUUUGCAGGUGCACCGGGAGGUCAUCCCCACGCACACCGUGUACGCCCUCAACAUCGAGAGGGUCAUCACGAAGCUCUGGCAUCCGAACCACGAGGAGCUGCAGCAGGACCGGGUGCACAGGCAGCGCCUGGCGGCCAAGGAGGGGCUGCUGCUCUGCUGAGCCCCGCCCACCCACGGGCGUGCCCCGCCCACCGGCAGGCGCGCCCCCACCUGCACUGGUGACCGAGAGUGGGCGGUCUCGGGGCCCGUCCGCACUCCGAGACUGACGGGGACGUGCGAACAGGACUUUUUGUACAGAGACGCGGCGUGAAGUACGCGUUGCGUUGCAGCCGUGAAGCGGACGCCACGAGUCUGCCUGCGCGGGGACCACAUCUGCGCGCACGAGUCCCCGGCAGAGCCUGCAGGGGGCGCUCGCUGGGCCCGAGGUGCCAGGCAGGCGACGCCCCGGGACGACCCCGUGAACUGUCUUCCCCUAACUCGCGUUUCCUUCCCGGGGUCGACGUGCCCGAAGACUGUGAUGGACGGGUCCGCCUGUUCAUUGUUCCCGCAGAAUGCUUCCCGUGCCCCACGUGGACGUGUUGAUUCCCACGCGGUCGUCCCCCCGUUCCUAUGAAAUGUGUCUCUACCCGUUCAGACGGUAAAGGGAAACAACUCGCAUUUGGCCGUGUCGCUGAGGACCCAGUCUGUUUUCCACGCAUGCGUGGCCUUUUACUCAAGAGGGCUGCCGGACGUGGGGUCGGCCCUGGACAAUGCAGGCGUGAGGGGCGCGACCCCCGACGCAGCCACAAAUUCACCUGUAAUUUGUGACUCCCCGGCACUGAGCUGUCCGGGACCCCCCACUGAUCCCACAUCCGCGGGUGCCCCAGCCCCCGAGGUGACACAGCGUGGAAGCAUCUGGACUCCCAGCUGCGGUCGUCCGCAGUUCCGAGUGCACAUGCCUCCGCGGCAUCUCGCGGGAGCGCGCGCGCGCGCGCGGCCGCCGUUCCCACCGCGCUGGUCAGGGGUCAGCCGCGUCAGAAUGGGACUCUGAGUGGGUUAUGGGUGUACGUGUACAUAGGUCGAAACGGGUCCGUGUCUGGAUCUGCGUGUUUGAUUCUGUACCUUAAAUGUGACAAAUAAACCUUUUGGGAGAAAA